AUGAAGAUGUUGCUUUCCCUGUGUCUUUUACUUGUUGGAAUCCUUUCCAACAGUUAUUGCUAUGAACCUUAUCAACAAGGGGUAAGAAACCAGAACCAAAGAGCACAAGAAUACCAAAACAUGCCAUGGCAGAGUGUGAGGAACAGUGUUUGUCGAUUUGCAUGUUGUUUCUACAAAGAUAUUUCUUCUCGUGAAAACAGCGGAAAUGUUUUCUUCUCUCCUUUGAGCAUCUCUACCGCCUUUGCAAUGCUGACUCUGGGUGCCAGAUCAGACACCCUGACACAGAUUCUUAGGGUCCUUUGCUUUAACCCUCGUCAGAUUUCUGAAAAUGACAUACAUGAAGGUUAUCGUCAACUCAUGCAAAUGGUAAACAGAAGGAAUGGGGGGUUACAGUUGAAUAUGGGAAAUGUUCUGUUUGUGCUUGAUCGGCUGAAGCCACAAGAAAAAUUUUUAAGUGAUCUCAGAAACUUCUAUGAAGGAGAAGCUUAUCCUAUGAACUUCAAGAAGUCUGAUCAAGCCCAGCAAAAGAUCAAUGAAUAUGUAGCAAGAAGAACGAAUGGAAAAAUCAAGGACCUCGUAAAUAACCUAGAUCCACUUACUGAAAUUCUCCUCAUUAGCUACAUCUAUUUUAACGCUGAAUGGGAAAAACCUUUUGAUCCAAAAUACACUAAAAUGAGCAAAUUUUUUGUGGAUGGAAACAAGGCUGUUGAAGUCCCAAUGAUGUUUGGAAUAGGCCUGUUCAAGCAUGGCUAUGAUGAGCAGCUGUCUUCCACUGUGGUGCAAAUGGAUUACAAAGGAGGUGCUUCAGCAUUUUUUGUUCUGCCUGAUAGAGGAAGAAUGAGGAAGCUGGAGAAAAGAUUAUCUUGUGAACAUUUGUCAAGGUGGACGACAUUAGUCACAAAAAGCUCAGUAAAUUUGUAUCUUCCGAAAUUUACGCUUUAUGGGACAUAUAACCUAAAAGAUAUGUUAUAUAAAAUGGGCAUCAUGGAUCUAUUCACUGACAAGGCUGACCUCUCUGGGAUCACUGGGCAGCCCCAGCACAGAAUUUCCCAGGCCAUUCAUAAGGCUGUGGUAAAGGUGGAUGAGACUGGCACCGAAGCAGCAGCUGCCACAGGCAUGGAAAUAGUGCCCAUGUCCGUUCCAGCUAUCAUCACAUUCAACAGGCCCUUCCUAAUGGUCAUAACUAUGGAUAACACUAUACUCUUCAUGGGAAAAAUUGUGAACCCUCUGAAAAAAAAUUAA